UGUUACCAAUGCUCUAGAACUGGGAUUGUGGUCGUCGUUGUGCUAGGCCGUGGACCGAUGAUACCGCCCUGGUUAACCGGAAGUAUCUGUUGGCGGUUGGCAGACAUAGUCAGAAAUGGGCAGUGAAUUUGUAACAGAAGUGCCCAGCUCUCUAAAACAGCUAGCUCGUCUAGUUGUGAGGGGUUUCUACAAGAUUGAAGAUGCCCUCAUUAUUGAUAUGCUUGUCAGGAACCCCUGCAUGAAGGAAGAUGAUAUUUGUGAGCUCCUCAAGUUUGAGCGAAAAAUGUUGAGGGCAAGGAUCGAUACAUUGAAGAAUGACAAAUUUAUCCAGACAAAGAUGAAGAUGGAGACUGGGCCAGAUGGAAAAGCACAAAGACAAAACUACUACUACAUUAACUACAAGGUGUUUGUGAAUGUUGUCAAGUAUAAGUUAGACCACAUGCGCCGAAAAAUGGAAACAGAGGAGAGGAAUGCAACAAGCCGUUCAAGUUUCAAAUGUCCAAACUGUCUCAAAACAUACACAGACCUGCAGGCGGACCAGCUGUUCGAUCUUACGACGGGCGAGUUUCUCUGCACCUUCUGCUCGACGCCGGUGGAGGAGGACGAGGCGGCCAUGCCGCGCCAGGACUCCCGCAUGAUGCUCGCCAGGUUCAACGAGGUCAUGGAGCAGCUGUUCGUCCUGCUGCGGGAAGUGGAAGGCAUCAAGCUGGCGCCGGAGAUCCUGGAGCCGGAGCCGGUCGACAUCCAGGACAUCCUGCACCGCGACGACCGCAAGAAGGCGCGCCGCGACACGGCCGGCGGCGACGGCGUCUGGUCGGGCGAGGCCACGCGCAACGCCGGCUUCAACGACGAGACCACGGUCAACAUCAACAUGGAGGAGGAGGGCGCGGCGGCACCGGAGGCGACGCGCAAGGAGCGGCCCGUCUGGAUGAUGGAGAGCACGGUCAUCACGGAGGACGCGGACGCCGACGGCGCGGCCGCCUCCGACGCGGCCGACGCCGGCGAAGAGCGCGGCCGCGACGACAUCAUGUCCGUGCUGCUGCAGCACGAGAAGCGGGAGAGCAAGCGGCCCGUCAUCCCGGGCCAGGAGAGCAGCGACGACAGCGAGCCGGAGAUUAUCGGCCACACCACCUCAAAACCCAUCGACGUCAGCGACGACCUGGAGUUCAUGGACUCGGACGACGACGAGGCCACGCCCACCGUACAGGUCGGCACCGAACGCAUCCCCAUCGCUGACGUCGGCGAUGACGUCAUCGCGCGCAUGACGGCCGACGAGAAGGAGGCGUACAUCCUGGCGUACCAGGAGUACUAUUCGCACAUUCACGAGUAGGGUGGGCGCGCGGCCAUACAACGGAGUCGAGUCGUGUUGCAGGCGCGGGCAAGUGAUAGCAUGAUCAUCCCAGUGUCAUUUUGUGUUGCGAGACCGAGAACUGUGCGGCCCGUGUUAGCAGAUUUGAGGUGAUGAUGUGAACUGUGCAAAGCAGCAACGCUGUGUUGACAACGCGGCGCGCCGGUGCGCUAAGGUGGCCGCUUCAGGUUGUUCG